AUGUGUACCAAUGAUUCGACAAGUUGGGCUUUUGCUGUAGCACCAAUUAUUUACGGUAUUAAUACAAGAACAUCUACUGUAACCGAAACCACUCCACAUCAAGGGAAUGAGAUUGAAGAUGAAGAAAACUUAUCGUCUUCAUUUGUUGAAUCAAAUGAUGCUUUAAUUGAUGAUCAAGAUGAUAAUUUAAUUAAUUUUAAGAAAGGUAUUGAUGCUGAAGUAGUUGAUCUUGUUAAUCAAUCAUCUGAUGAUGCUGUUUCUGGUUCAUUAGUUAAUACAUCAUCAACACUAAGAUCGUCAUCAAUUAUAGCAACAACAUCAACAAAACAUGGUUUGGUUCGUAAAAUCGCAACAAAUGAUUAUUUAACAACUACGAAUAAAAAAAAUGAAAUUACAUCAAGAUAA